AUGUCGCAGACGACUCCCCUGGGCCCAGAAUUGAAGGUCGACCUCACUCCCGUGCAGAGUCACAUGACCCACGAACGGCACGAGGUGACAGAAACGCUGCGCAAGGCACAGCUGGGCCAGACGCUCGCUCCCGAGAAACUCAACAACAACUACUCCUAUCUCAACAAAGAGGACAAUUCGACCCCGCUAUCGUUUGCGUCCUCCAACAAAACGCCAGUGUCGAUCCUGAAAAAUUUCAAGUUCAGUCCCGACCGCAAGUCUGUCAGCGAGGACUUUGUCAACUCUCAGCCCGGCCUCCGCAUGUCCAAGACGCAGGACGGCCAUUUGAACCCGGUCAAGGGAGCGUACAAUGUCUUCGACAAGCGAUCGUCGGGGUCGCCGAUCAACGUGGUAAACCGCAAAAGAAGACGGCUUUCAAACUCCAGUCUGUGGCAGAAUCUGGACAACAAACAGCCCCAGCCAGUCGAGAAAAUCCCGCCUAAAGAGUCCAAUCUCUCCAAAAUCGUCUACAGUCUACUGUCUGACCCGCAGUGCGCGUCUAAUCUUACGCUAGUGGUGCAGAUCCUGCUCAACACGCUGGUUUUCGCCUGUUUCAUGACCGUCGUGCUGUUCUCGUUUCUGGCCGUCAAACGAGACGCAGACCGCAAGAUUCAGGGAUAUUCCAACAAGGUGGUGCACGAAAUCAACAUGUGCAAGCGCGAAUACUUUAGGAACAACUGCUCGCCCGAACUGCGCGUGCCGGCGCUCGAGGAGUCCUGCAACGAGUGGGACAACUGCAUGAACAGAGACCCGGAGGCGGUGAUCACUACAGUGGCGUAUUUCGAGAUCCUGGCCGAGUGCAUGAACGCGUUCUUCCAUAAUCUGAGUUUCCGCACGCUCUUUGGCCUUAUUUUCCUGACCCUGUUUCUUGUGCUGGUGCCCAACAUUCUGUUCAACAAAUUUAGGUCCUCGAAAACCACCACAACCAAUAAUUACUACCAUUUCAAUCCAGACCAGUCGACCGCCAACGCGUCGCAGAUCUCCCAGAUAUCCAGCAUGUCGCCGCUGCGCUCGCCAGCGAGAUCGCCACAGCGCAUAUUGGACUCGUCUGUGUACUUCACUCCUCCGGCAGCGUUGUUGAUGAAAGAGGACGGCACCAAGAUCCCGGGCUCGAGCGUGCGGUUCGACUCGAACAUCAGCUACCACGAGAUCCCUGGCCUCGAGGCUAGUCCUCUGGGCAGGUUCGUCAACAAGGAUAGAUAUUGA